GGUAUUUAAUGGUUACAGAAAUUAAUCGCUUUCACGUGUUGUCCUUCUUCCUAGCCUUGUGCAUAGCUAUCUAACUGCGCUAGCCAUGCUACCGGUUAGUUCCACGGUUGGAAUAUGUUACGCUAUUUGGUACAGUUUGUCAUGCGCACAGCCUUGAAUCUCUGUUUCCACUAAAGUGUUCAUGCCAAAGUGCAUAUAUUUCCGUCAGUUCAAGCCGGUUCAGCUGUGCUGUCCUGAGUUGCUACCGUUUUAGUCGGACGAAAUGAAUGAAAGUGGGCAGGACGCAAUUUAAAAUUAUGUCCGUUUGCUGUGCAACGCAACAAAAGUUGUAAUACAGUAAAUGGAUUAAGCGUUACCUAAAAUCAGUGACAUUUCGGGUGCUUUGCUGGUAUUUAUUUUUUAAAAUCAGGAUAAGCGGUCUAUUGAAAAUGGAUGGAUAGACGUGUAGUGUAAGAUAUUUCUCCAAAUGCACAAUCUUGUAAUCAGCAUAAUCGCAAACAUACAUUCCCCUCCAAAAGUAUUGAAACGGCAAGGUAAAUUCCUUUGUUUUUGUUGUGCACUGAAGACAUUUGGGUUUCAGAUCAAAAGAUGAAUAUGAGACAAAAAUUCAGAAUUCCAGCUUUUAUUUCAUGGUAUUUACAUCUAGAUGCGUUAAACAACUCAGGACAGAGUACCUUUUGUUUGAAUCCACCCACUUUUUCCAGGGAACAAAAGUAUCGGAACAUGUGACUGGGUAUUUCUAGUUGCUCAAGUGUUGCAUUAUAGAUUGAUUGCUUAAACCUUAGUGCUUGUUUUUGGUUGUGGGUUUCACCCGUGAAAACUGCAUUUACUGUUAAGCAACCAUGAAGACCAGAGAGCUGUCUAUUGGAGAAAAGAAAGGCAUUUUGAAGCUGAGAGAAGAGGAAAAAUCGAUCAGAGCUAAUGCACAAACAUUGGGCAUAGCCAAUACAACAAUUUGGAAUGUUCUGAAAAAGAAAGAAACUACUGGUGUACUGAGCAACAGACAUCGAACAGGUCGACCAAGGGUAUCAACAGCAGUUGAUGACAGACACACUGCCAACCUGCACAGGCCAGGUGUGAAGGUAUCACAAUCCACUGUUCGAAGAAGACUUUGUGAGAAGAAAUAUAAUGACCAUACCACAAGAUGCAAACCACUCAUCAGCAAAAAGAAUCGGAAGACCAGAUUGGAUUUUGCAAAGUACAGAGAUGAGUCACAAAAGUUUAGCAACAAAGUUUUAUGGACUGAUGAGACCAAAAUUAACCUCUACCAAAGUGAUGGAAAGGCCAAAGUAUGGAGAAAGAAAGGAUCUGCUUAUGAUCCAAAACACAGAAGCGCAUCUGUGAACCAUGGUGGAGAUGAGGUGGGAGCUCUGGUGUUCGACAUUGGCUCAUACACAGUGAGAGCUGGCUAUGCAGGAGAAGACUGUCCCAAGGCUGACUUCCCCACGGUGAUCGGUGUGACCCUUGACCGCGAGGAUGGCACCACUCCCAUGGAGACGGACGGUGACAAAGGCAAGCAGAGUGGCACCAUUUACUACAUUGACACCAACCAGCUGAGGGUCCCGAGGGAGACCAUGGAGGUCAUGUCUCCCCUCAAGAACGGCAUGAUUGAAGACUGGGACAGUUUCCAAGCCAUUUUGGAUCACACCUACAGGAUGCACUUCAAGUCAGAACCAAGCCUGCAUCCAGUACUUAUGUCGGAAGCAUCAUGGAACACGCGCGCAAAACGAGAGAAACUGACCGAACUGAUGUUCGAGCACUACAACAUUCCCGCCUUCUUUCUCUGCAAGUCAGCCGUGCUGUCUGCCUUCGCCAACGGACGGUCUACAGGCUUGGUCCUGGACAGCGGAGCCACACACACCACAGCCAUACCGGUGCAUGAUGGCUACGUCCUGCAGCAAGGCAUUGUCAAGUCGCCCCUGGCUGGAGAAUUCAUGAGCAUGCAGUGUCGAGAACUUUUCCAAGAGAUAAAUGUUGAAAUAAUUCCACCUUACAUGAUUGCAUCAAAGGAUCCAGUGCGAGAGGGAUCGCCGGCCAGCUGGAAGAAAAAGGAGAAACUACCUCAAGUCACACGCUCGUGGCACAAUUACAUGUGCAAUUGUGUCAUCCAAGACUUCCAGGCAUCUGUGCUGCAGGUGUCCGACUCGCCAUACGACGAACAGGUUGCUGCCCAGAUGCCCACAGUGCACUAUGAGCUGCCCAACGGCUACAACUGUGACUUUGGGGCUGAGAGGUUAAAAAUCCCAGAGGGCCUUUUUGACCCCUCUAACGCCAAGGGCUUGUCUGGAAACACGAUGUUAGGAGUCGGCCACGUGGUGACAACCAGCGUGGGAAUGUGCGACAUCGACAUUCGGCCGGGUCUGUAUGGCAGCGUAGUGGUGACAGGAGGAAACACGCUGAUUCAGGGCUUCACUGACCGACUCAACAGAGAACUCUCCCAGAAAACGCCCCCGAGUAUGCGACUGAAGCUGAUAGCCAAUAAUACCACAGUGGAGCGCAGGUUCAGUGCAUGGAUCGGAGGCUCCAUCCUAGCAUCACUUGGAACCUUCCAGCAAAUGUGGAUCUCUAAACAGGAGUACGAGGAGGGAGGAAAGCAGUGUGUGGACAGAAAAUGCCCUUAAUUUUACACCGAGCAUAUCCCCAUACCUAAUGAUACGGAGAACUGAUCGUAAAUCUUUUUUUAGCAGUUUGUCCAUAUUUUCUGUUUGUGGAUGUGUUGUAGCGACAUUCACAAUUGCCUAUCACUUUGAUGUAGUGAGAUUAAAUUUCUUUGCCAUAAUGUUCAGUGUGAUGCCUUAUCUUCAGAUGAAAAGUGGUUUAUGGAAACCAGAAAGCAACAAAAUCUCACUCAUGAACACUCUUUUUGUACUUUACAUCUGCUCUUCUUUCCUUUUGAUCAGUAUGGCAUACCCCAAAACAACAAACUUGGUUCCCACUGAGCAUAAAUACAUUUUUUCCCCCCAAACAUUUUAUACACAAUACUGAUAAAGUAGUUUUGAAAGUUCACUUUCAAUAACUAGGUGUUUUUUAAGAACCUUUACAGUUGAAGUGAUAGUCUGUGGUGCAUAAACUGUGUACGAACUCAUUGACGUAGGCCUCGUUGCCUCUGUGGGAGUUUCAAGUCAUAAUAAAACUAUUUAAUUG